AUGGGGCGCAUCAUGGCGCGCAAGAUGCGCUGGCUGCGGCCGAAGUUCUUGCAGCUGCUGUUGCUGUCCGUGACCUUCUGGAGCGCCCAGAUUGCGUCGCGCUGCAUGGCGCCUGCACCACUGCCAAGGUCGUCCAUCCUCCGUGUAGCGCCGGUGGCCGCCUUGGCGCCUCUUCCAGCGGAAGCUGCUUUGAGGGAGCUCCUAGCGAAGAGGAAUGCCCGGGAGCUGACUUCGCCAAUCUUCAACAUUCCGCCAAAGCAGCAGGUGUAUCCCAGCUGGUUAGAAGGCAGCUGGCAUGCAACCUCUUCUUUUGCUGGCUUCGAAUUUCCAACCUUGCCGCGAGCGCAGGUCAUGCGACAGGACGACGUCCCCGGAUUCAAGAAGUGCUCGAUCAUCGAUUUCGCAGAUGUUGGCAAGUCACCUCUUGAGUAUAACAUGAGUUUUGUCAACCAGCAAGGCGCAGUUGUGGAGGACCUGCCGUACAACCUGCGUUCCUCCGUGGCUGCCCACCUGGGAGGCAAAGGGCGGAUUACAAGCGUGGACUACAAUCCGCAGAAUGAUCCAAACCGCAUCACGAUCAGGCUCAGCGCGACGAAGAACGCCGAGCGAGUCGAGCUGUUCGUGAAUGCACGUGAUUCGGAGCAGCCGAGUGAGGAGCCGGACCUUUUUCUGUCCAGCGAAUACCGCAGACAGGUAACAUUCUCCAGCCGGGUGGAACAAGGAUACAAUUGUAACUAUCAGCAUUUCCGCACCUUCCAGCGACUUGGGCCCGACAAGCUGCGUUUGAAUAUCCUCACGGCUUCGUACCUGGACCCUUUGAGUCCGCUCUACUUCGAUACGUUCGAUAAGCCCGCGAUAGUCUAUGCCCACGAGCUGGAGCUCACAAGGGCACCGACCACGCCUGCCUAA